GUCCCGCCCCCUUUUCUUUGUUAUUUAAAGAAGGAAAAUGCCAACGCGGACCUCUGUUCUGAGAGCUGUGCUGUGGGAGGAGGACCGUUUUGCUGCCAGAGAGCUGUCAUCAGAAAUCGGCCAUGAUGCUGCUGAGUUCACUGCCAUACCUGUACUUGCUGGCUGCCGCUGCUCUUGCAGUUCCUGCUCAGGAGAAGCGGGUCCAUCACCAGGCCAGUCUGAGCGACCACGCCCACGACGACAGUCAGAACUACCAGUACGACCAUGAGGCCUUCCUGGGCAAAGAGGAAGCCAAAACAUUCGACCAGCUGACCCCCGAGGAGAGCAAAGACCGACUGGCGAAGAUCGUGGACCGGAUCGACACGGACAAGGACGGCUACGUCACCAACUCAGAGCUGCACCAGUGGAUCAAACACAGGCAGAGGAGGUACAUCGAGGAGAACGUCAACAAGCACUGGAAGGACUACGACCAGAACCGGGACGACAAAAUCGCCUGGGAGGAGUACAAGAACGCCACCUAUGGCUACUACCUGGGUGAGGAGUUCAGUGACAUUGAGGACAAAGACACCUAUAAGUCCAUGCUGGCCCGGGACGAGAGACGCUUCAAGUCGGCCGACAAAGACCGUGACGGCAUCGCCACGCGCGAGGAGUUUACUGCCUUCCUGCAUCCUGAGGAGUUCGACUACAUGAAGGACGUAGUGGUGCAGGAAACUAUGGAGGACAUCGAUAAGGACGGUGACGGAAAGAUCAACCUCCACGAGUAUAUUGGUGACAUGUACACACCGGAGGACAGCGAGUCAGAGCCUGACUGGGUCCAGACUGAGAGGAAACACUUUACAGAGUUCAGAGACGUCAACAAGGAUGGCUACCUGGAUGCUAACGAAGUGGCCGAGUGGGUUCUACCAGGAGAGGUGGACCAUGCCGACAAUGAGGCCAAGCAUCUGAUCUACGAGACCGACACAAACAAGGACGAGAAAAUCACCAAGAAGGAAAUUCUGGCCAAUUGGAACAUGUUUGUGGGCAGCCAGGCGACCAAUUAUGGUGAAGAUUUAACAAAGAAACAUGACGAACUUUGAUGAAGUGUCCUUGGGAAGUUUGGGGUUGGGGUGGGUUAGACUGGGUUCACUUAAGUCUCUAAAGUUUUGACUCUUCAUUAUGUGACAGUCUUGGUUAAUCAUGCCCCUUUAUUCAUGUAUGGAAGGUUUGCAACUAGAGAUGCACUGAGAAAUCAGCAGAUAUGAGCAAUAACCUGCCGGUCACACUCAGAAAUCUUUCUCUCUUUUUAAACCCUCAUCAGGGAUUGAACCAUGCUAAGCACUAGCAGGUCUCUUUGAUGCUCUUUGUUUUGGAUGUAGUUACUGAGAGAAGAUUCAAACUGCUUCUCACAUGUUUCUUAUGUUUCAAAUUAUUGCCAACUUUAAGAAGAAGCCGGCACUUUGAGCAGAUAACAGGAAGGCUGCACCAAUAAAGUGGUGUGUCUGCUCAUGUUGCAGAAAAUGGUGGCUUUGGAAAUGUUGGCAAGCUUUUGGAAAUCUCAGUGAUCUGCAUUCUCUAAAGAAAAGACACAGAUGGUUGUUUUAUUGCUAGUUUUUGGUAUGAGAUGUAAAAACACGUUAAUGUGAAUUCUGUUUUCUUAAAACCCUGUUUUUUUAGGAACUGUUCUCUCAGUGUGACUUUGCCUUUGCAUGUUCUUAAGGACCGCUCCUGGCAGGAAAGCUAGAAAAACAGAUUAUUUCUAUUCUGUUUCUUGUAGGGAAACCCAAAAUUAUUCAUACCCUCAUCAGAACUUUCAGGGUAUUUUUUCCUGAAAUGAGUUGAGCAGCUGUCGGUAGAUGAGCACAUGCACAGCAUGAGGAAAAGCUGAACAGUCAACAACUCAAACCAGUCAACUGUCCAUUGAUGCUACGUGUUCAUCCAGAAGGAGUGGAUGCUGCUGGUCAGUCUGCUGGGUUUCCUGUUCAAAUAACAAACUGGACUUGGCUGUAUUGUUUGACCAGAAUCAGAUCAGAAUGUCUAUUUGAUUUGCAAAAAAACAAACAAAAAAAGUAAAUUCAGCCUGAUCACACAGACACUCAAAGUACUUUAGGUGAUAUGUUGUGAAUUGGUGACAUUGAGUUGAAAGGUGUUACAGUUUGGGGAAACAAAUUUGACAUUUGAAAACUUUUAUCCUUCUCAAAAACUGGGAAAAAAACUAAUUUACAUUACAGCAGUUGGACCCAUCUUAUAAAAACUGAGCAGUUUUUUUUUUUUGCAUAUUUUCUCUCUUAUUUUGACAAUUGUUGAUGAGCUGAAAGUCUUUAGAGUUCACUCCCUUCAUAUAUUCUGUCAAUGCUGCCUGUCUGCCUGGGCAAAAUAUUAAUAUUACAACCAGUCAGAUGAAACAUGUUGGUAAAAUCCCCAAAAUAUUGUAACCCUUAUUCUGCCAGGAGUAUGAAUAAUUAUGGUCUUAACUGUAUUCCUUCUUUGAACAACAGAUGAAAUUUGUCUCUGCAUUCUGAUUGGUGCAUCUCUGCUUGUAGCUUCCAGGCACAUGCAACAGGAAGCAGUCACAUACUGUGUAUGUCAGGACGGUAAUGCUGAGAAAGAGGCCGUCCUUUCUGGGUUUUUAGACUUUUCUUUUUUUUUAUUUGCUUGGGUUUUCAGAUUAUCACACAACACACCAAGGUUGUAAUGUCAGGUAUGGAUUUGAGUGGAUUUUAAUAGGAAACAAUGUUCAGAAGAGAGGAAAUUUCUAUUAAAGUGACUUAAGUUUAGCUGUCAAAAAGGGCAGAAAUUGGGGGGACAAAAGAGGUCAAGGAUGGACUUUGUUACAGAAUUUUUAUAGUUUGACAAUUAAAGUCUUUUUGUACAAUUGUU